CUUUAGUGUCGUUUGUUGUGGUGGCCUUGGGAGAAGAAGAAGAAGACAGUGACUCACCUACGAGCAGUCGGAAAAGUUCACGAACUGUAUUCCUCGUUUUUUGGGUUCUCUGGAAAGUUCAUAUAUAUUUUUUUGCAGUAGAACAUCAUCCAACGCUGCCAUCAUGCCUUGGUUUGGAGAAGACCCGCAGAAGAAGAUGAUGGAUUGUAUGUUUGAGCUGAAAAUGUGCGAGAAGCAGAUGGAACGGCUAUCCAAGAAAGCAGAAAAGGAGCAGAUGGCGCAGAAGAAGAAGAUGGUGACAGCGAUGAAGCAGGGCAACGUCGAGGGUGCCAGGAUUUAUGCCGAGAGCGGAAAAUAGCAGGAGUCGCUCUCUUACUUGCGUGGCUCUAGGCUUGAUGGUGUCAAGUCCAGAGUCCAGUCUGCUAUGGCCAUGCAGGGCGUGACCAAGAACAUGAGUGGGGCUGUUGGCUCUCUUGACAAGGCCCUCAAAGCCAUGGAUCUCGAGAAAAUUUCACAGGUCAUGGGCCAGUUCGAGUCACAGUUUGAAGAUCUGGAUGUCAGGACUAAUGUGAUGGAAGACAGCAUGGCUGCAGCAACAACCCUUAGCACCCCCAAGAGUGAUGUUGAUGCCCUCAUCCAGCAGGUGGCUGAGGAGGCAGGGCUGGACAUGGUGUCAGCCCUGCCUGGGAUGGAGAGCGUGGGCGAACUCUCCGCCGUUGGUGAAAAGACCAAAGCCAAGGAGAUGGAUGAGCUUGACCAGAGGCUUGCCUCACUCAGGAACUAGUUCCCUUCUGCUCUGUUCUUUUGCCUCCAAUUCUUUCUCUUUGUCUUUGUUGUCCUGUUCUUUGAGCAAUGCCAUCAUUCAUCAGGCCUUCGUUUCUUAGUAGUGUCGUGUUCAGGAGAGGUUGAGAGUUAGGGUAUUUUUUUUAUGCUUUAUUUUUCACUUUUUCAAUUUCUAUAACUGUCAUUUAUCUAUACACUGAUUGUGCCUGAAAUUUCUGUGUGGCACGCAUUCCGGCGUCUACUGGCAACCGUAUAGCCUUUCCAGCAGGGCGUCCGCUUUGUACAACUGGCCUUGCUCAGUCACUCACUAGAGCAAUUAAUGACAUGCUUACAUGUGUCUGUCAUGAAGGGUAGGCUUUCGAUCACGGCUAUAGCUGUGCCUGUCAGUAAAAGAGACGCGCGCGUGCACACACACACACACACACACACACACACACACACACACACACACACACACACACACACACACACACACACACACACACACACACACACACACACACACACACACACACACACACACACACACACACACACACACACACACACACACACACACACACAUAUAUUCUCAUCAUUAUGGUUUCUUGUAAAGUUUUUACAGAGCCUACAGUGAGGAGUGCCCCAUGAUACUAUGGUUGGUCUUUCAAGGCUCUGCUCCUGACAGCCUCUCCUUCAAUUCUGGCAUUCUGCUUCCAUCAUCCGAAUAGCGACUCUCACAAUCCAUUUCGUGACUGUGUAGACUUUUAAGCCAGUUGGGUAAAUGGCGGAAAAUCUCAUUAUUCAUUUGAUGGUUGAUGCAGUUUAUGGAAGGAACAGGUGGUUAGUGGGGACUUGCAUUGCCAUCAUGGUGACUGGUGGAGAGGAUGAAGGUUAAAUGGCUUCGGAACAUCAGUGCGUUUUGUUUUCAACAGCCAAUGAUUUCCAACUUGAUUUUGAAGGUACUUAGGUCACAAUUCAUUAUUAUUUUUAUUAUUGUUAUUGUUCUCUCAUAACAUAUGAUUAUUAUUGUAAUUUUUUUAUCAUUUAUUAUUAUGUUUAUCAUUAUUAUUAUCAUUAUCAUCAUUAUUAUCAUUAAUAUUAUCAUUAUAAUUAUGAUUACUAUUAUUGUUAUUAAUCACCAUCAUUAUAAUUACUUAGUUCUUUUCCAGUACUUUUGGAGAGGAGAGUUAUCAGAGUAUAGUCACUGGAGCCCUGUAGUUUUAAAACAAUUUGUUUUGAUAUAAUGGAAAAAAAAUAAUUUUGUAUGUGAUUGAUUUAGAGGCUUGCUUGUGUGAUCAUGGUUCUUUGAUUUAUAAUUCUGAUUCUCACUUUAUACACUAUAUAAUGAUACUAAUAACACAGUGUUGAUGAAAUUGUUUACUGGUCAUGAAUGCUAACUGAUUGUCUGUGUGAGAGGAAAACAGAAAUUAUGUAUAUAUAUAUACAAAAGAAGAAAACAAGAAUAGAUGAAUAAAUAUGUGAAUGAUCUUUA